CUGAGAGAUCAAUCAAUCUAGGAGUAAUCGCUGCAAGAUCUCAUCUCUCUUUCUUUUUUUCUCCUGCUCCAGGCUCCUGGGUCAUUCUAACCGAGCUGGUUAGCCGAAUUCACGCGUUCCAGACUUCCAUCCAGUACGUGCUCCGGAGUUUUAGGGAAAAAAUGAUUCUUGGAAUUUUUUUUCACUUCCUCUGUCACGGGAUGGAGAUGGGGAGAAAGGGUGGGAUACUGGGAUGGAAAAGGGAAUAAAUAGACGAUGAAUUCGGAAUUGGCAAGGCAACGAGCGAACAAGCAAACGAAGGAACCAAAGAUGGCACAAAAAUAGCUUUACGGGGCGGCGCGGGGGCGGCGCACUAAACUAGUCCAGGCAGCGCACCACCCCCAAAACUCCCUCGCCAGAUUCUCCCUCACUCAUCAUCGGCACCCGAGCUGCGGCACCAGCAGCAGCAGCUAGAGAGAGAGAGGGGGGGGGGGGGCGGAGAGGAUAUCAUGGCACAGCUGCAGUAGCAGCAGCAGGGGGGAAAGGCCGAAACACACACACACAAGAGAGAGAGAAGCGUGGGAAAGCUUGGAAGAAGAGAGAUCCACCUCGAAGUAACCCCUCCUCCCUCCCUCCCUCCUGGCUGGCUUGCUUCUGCUGGAGACCUGGAGUGGAGUCGGGUCGAGUCUACUGGUGUGCUGCUGCCGCCGCAAGAAUUGCUCUGCUCCGGCGGCGAGGUGAGGGGAGCAGGGGAGGAGCCGCGGCCAUGAGGGAGGAGGAGGAGCCCAGCUGGUUCGCGCGCUGCGAGGAGCAGCUGCCGCGGCCGGACGAGCUGAUGCCGCUCUCGCAGACGCUCAUCACGCCCGAUCUCGCCGUCGCCUUCGACAUCCAGACGCCCGGCGGCGGCGGGGCGGGGGGCGGCGCGGGGGGAGGCGGGGCCGGCGGCGGCGCGGGCGGCCUGGACAUGAACGGCGGCGGCGGCGCGUCGUCGGCCGCGGGCUCCAGCGGCGGCGGCGGCGGGGGCGGCGCCGGCGACGAGCCGGCCCGGACGCUCAAGCGCCCGCGCCUCGUGUGGACGCCGCAGCUGCACAAGCGCUUCGUCGACGCCGUCGCCCACCUCGGCAUCAAGAACGCCGUGCCCAAGACCAUAAUGCAGCUCAUGAGCGUCGACGGCCUCACGCGCGAGAACGUCGCCUCCCACCUCCAGAAGUACCGCCUCUACCUCAAGCGCAUGCAGGGGCUCGGCGGCGGCGGCGGCGGCGGCGCGGGGGGCAGCCACUCCUCCGGCUCCGUCACCGACCCCGCCACCGAGCACCUCUUCGCCACGGGGCCCGUCCCCUUCCUCCCGCCCGGCCACCGCGCGCCCCCCGCCGCCGCCGCCGCCGACCCGUACCCGCCCUUCGCGCCCAUGGGCUCCGCGCACCACCACCACCACGCGCCGCAGAUCGGCCACUUCCACCACCCCGCCGCCCGGCCGCUCGGCCACUACGGCCCCACCGGCGCCGGCUUCGACCACGGCUUCCUCAGCCGCACGGUCGGCGCCGGCGCGCCGCCCGUCGGCCCGCCCGGGAUGCACCACCACCGCAUGAUGGCGCCCGCCCCCUUCGCCGACGACAUGGACCUCGGAUCCCGAGGCGGCCCCGGCGCCGGCGGCCGCCGCGAGCUGACGCUGUUCCCGACUUCCGGGGACCACUGAGGCCGCCGACGGGCAUCGGGCUGCGGGCGGGCGGCCGCCUCCGCCCUCGGGUACAUAAAAUUCGUUCGCUUCCUGCUCCCCCCUCUGCUGCGCAACCGCCGCUGCUUCCCACAGAUCGGCAUAGAAAUCGAGCAAGGCUCAAACCACAUCUCAUAGAGUCCAAGAAUUCUUGGGAAUUAGCAAUCCACCCACCCACCCACCCAUGAUCCGUGUGUUCCUCCCCUGUAGCAUCUCGCCGCCCCCCGCCAUCGUUGCUGUUGAUGUUCCUGUAUUGCUGCUAUGUGUCAUGUUCUCCCCCCCCCCCCCCCCCCCCCCUCUUCCAUUGUUCUUGUUGCUGAUGACAUAAAGUUAGCCUUAGAGAUGAUAUUCAGAGGGUACAACAAAAUUGUGUCUACCUACAAUCUAGAAUUUUUCUCGCCUUCACCGUCGAAGAACAGCUCAAUCCUCGCGAUUGCGCCGAGGAUCCGGGGUCCAACUGCCCUGUUCUUCAGUGACGCAAACAGCCAUUGCUUCAGAGGCAGCGGACCCCAUCGAAGAAGUGAUGCAGCAAUUAUGGCAUCACUAGAGUUCCAUAUGGAUACAGGCAGGCAGGGUUGAAUAAGCAAAGCAAUCACACGGAGGCACACCCUGAAGAUGAAUAAGCUUGAGGAUUGGAUACCGGUACGACAAAAUUCGAUCUUGUUGUGGGAGUCGAAUCAUCUGCGAGGGCCACCAAAUAGAGAGAUUCAGAGCAUAAGAAUCUGCUGCUCUGCCAGUUUUCUUCCUCGCGCGCCUCUGACGGAGGCAAGAGUAUGAUAUACUUACUAUAUGUAGCAUGGGUUGCGAUAGUGUUGUCACAUUCUCUGCUUUCCCUGCCUCCCGAGAACAUUGGAGCAGCUCAAAUUGGAGUUUGUUGUAGCAAAUUGUAGCGAUCAGUGAGUCAUCUGUAUAUCUGCGCAGCUUAAAGCUAAGAGCUUCUUUGCAGCCCCGAUUGAGAGAAGAGACUACCUUGAUGAAUCAUGCUAGCACAGCGGAUGCCUAUGUUCUCUGCU